GAUAAAUUCUACCACCGGAAGUGACAGACGCGGGCUUUAUGAAACUGUACUUUGGCUUUUUCUACGUUUGACCUGUUGAACAACGUUCUUCGAACAUGCUGAAGAAGGCACCAAAUUUGAAAAAAAUUGUGAAGUCAAAGACGAAAAGCAAUAUUAACGUGAGACUGACGUCUGAAGCAAUGCUGGAGAUCAUUACCAUGCUCUUCCUGAAGAACUUGGCCAAGGAGGCAACAGCCAAAUCUUUUGAGGAGAAAUCUGCGACUAUCAAGCCUCGACACGUCAGAGCCGUCACCAAGAAAAUGCUGAAAAAGGCACGAGGAUGAAGACCAUGAAUGUAUUUUUGUACACUCUGAAAUGUUUCCUAUCCAGCUUUUAGAAAUAUAUUUUAUUGAAUUUUUCUCACCAAGCCAGAUUUUUCCAAGAACUUCCAAAUGAUCAAAGCAUAGGUUCAGUCCUCUUCGCGGAUAUUGACAGACAUUACUGUAAAGUGAUGCAAGUUUACCUUCCCCUGCCAGCUUUUAUGAGUACAUCAAGAAGUUGAUUUUGAUUUUU